AACAUUUCAUCAAACAGUUAUAGUUGCUGGUUAGUGUUGCCCCUCGUGGUGGUUAGCUGUAGGCUGCGCCUCAAUGUUCAACGUUGGGGUUCAAAGCUCAAGAACGUGAGUGAAUCGCAUCGCAAUCUCGCAGUGAAUCAAUUUUGAAACUUCAAUGGAGUUAUUUCCUCAAUGGUUGCAACCCUUGCUCGCCGUGGUUGUGGCGUUCCUCAUCGCAUUCAGAGCUCACCGAAGAAAAUCCCUCAGCGCUUCUGGAGCAGUUGCGGGCUUUAUCGUUAUGGCCCUUCACAUAUUUGUAGGAUACAGGUUUGGGGCUAUGCUGCUUGCCUUCUUUUUCACUUCGUCUAAGCUCACAAAGAUGGGAGAAGAUAGAAAGCGAACACUCGAUCCUGAAUUCAAAGAAGGUGGACAAAGAAACUGGCUACAAGUUCUAGCCAAUAGCGGCAUUGCUUCUGUUCUGGUUGUAACUAUAUGGGUAUUCACAGAAGGGCAGGAUAAGUGCUUGAACUCUACAGACUCAGCUCUGAUUACCUCUCUCAUUGGUGGUGUUAUUGGUCAUUAUUCCUGCUGCAAUGGAGACACUUGGUCUUCAGAGCUUGGAAUUCUCAGUGAUGAUCAGCCUCGUCUAAUCACAACCUUCAAGCCUGUGAGGAGGGGUACAAAUGGUGGUGUGACAAAAGCAGGACUUCUAGCAGCUGCUGCAGCUGGAAGUGUCAUUGGACUGUCAUUUGUUCUUCUGGGGCUUAUGACAACCAGAUGUGAGUUUGAUAUAGUUCUUAAGCAACUACUGGUCAUACCUAUCGCCUCCCUGGCAGGAUUAUGUGGAAGCAUCGUUGACUCUCUAUUGGGUGCAACAUUGCAAUUUACUGGAUUCUGCUCUGUUCGCAAUAAGGUUGUUGGAAAGCCAGGACCAACAGUUAAAAGGAUAUCAGGUGUCAAUAUUCUCGACAAUAAUGCAGUGAACCUUGUAUCAGUGCUGUUGACCACAAUUUUAACUUCAAUCGCUUGUUUGUACAUUUUCUAAAUUCAUCACAGGCAGCGCGGUUCUGUGGCUGAAAAAGGAUCAGACUUCUGAGUUCAAAUUUUGUAAUUCAGUGAUGGUAGAUGUUCCUAUACUGUUGUAUAACCAUCAAUUGGAAAAGACUAUACCAAUAUUAGAAAUGACAAAACUAUAUUUGGUUCUAGAGCAUAAUCAAUCAAAUACCUUUUUGUUAAGAGAAGAUGAAGGGGUUGAUACAUGACAUUCUGUCUGACAAUUUGUUUGUUGUUGAUAGUCAAUCCCCAAAAAAAUAUGCGCUACCCGAAAUUGAUUCAGUUAUCCCUGCAUAUGCUUUGACUCAGUUUGUAACCUACUUCUUUUUACUAAAUUUGAUGACAAAUGUUGCUGUAUUCUG